GAGUACUGGUUACCCUGCUGAGCCUGGUGGUCCGGUGGUCUCGGUUCUGUCAACACAGUUUCCAGCAGUUUUUUUGGGUCGGGUCGUUUCGUGGAGGCGGACCUCGGUUCUGUCGGAUCUGGCAACCCGGCGGCUCGGAUUAGAACCAGUCAGGAAGUCGAUCCGGACUUUUUUUUUUUUAUGAAACUGUGGAAAAUGAGGAAGAAACUAUAUAAACUUAGGUCCGCCUCGUGAGUUUGGACCUGGACCGAUUCAGAACCGAGUCUGGUUCAGUUUUUCAGACAUGAAGCGGGAUUUUACCGGGUUUUGCUGAAACUUGUUCGGUGUCAGUCGAGCCGCUGACGGCUUCUGGGCCGGAAAGACCCAUUUACCUGCCCGUCAGAACCGCGUCCUCAGGUGUUCCGAACCUCAGCCGACAGGUAUGGAGGCGGUUCUCACCUGUGUGGAGGGCCUGAGGCGCCGGAUGAAGAUGGAGCUCCUGCGGGAAACCGGCCGACAGUACCCGGUGUUCAGCUGCCUCCUGCUGGGCCUGAUGACGCUGACCCUGCUGCUCAACAGCUACAUCCACAUCCUGAUGAUGUUCUGGUCUCUCCUGGCCGGUGUCGUCACGUUCUACUGCUCCCUGAGACCUGACUCUCUGCUGCCCAACGUCUUCUUCACCGUGAAGCCGAGAAACAAGCGGAAAGAACCCGAGCUGUUUCCUCUGGGCCACAGCUGCGCCGUCUGUGGGAAGGUCAGGUGUAAACGCCACAGGCCCACAUUGCUCCUGGAGAACUACCAGCCCUGGUUGGACCUGAAGGUUUUCUCCAAGGUGGACUCUUCAGUCACAGAGGUGUUUGAGCUGGUUGUGGAGAAGUUCGUGUUUCCCUGGUACCAGUGA